AUGGAGACUCCGGAGGAAUCAUCGCCGGAUCAAAUACUUCGUCCGCCGGUCAAUUCAUCGGCUGGUGAGAUUCGACUUCUCGACAUCUUUCCAUCCGAAAACAAGUCUUCUCCGAUAGCAUGCAGUUACCGCGUCAUUAGUCUGAAGCCUAGCGAAGGGCAACAAAUACCUUUUUACGAGACUUUGUCUUAUGCGUGGCAAGAUGCCGGCAGCGACCCAGAAACAGAGGCGCCUCAAAUCCUCAUCGACCAUACCUCUUUCCCAGUCUCAGCGAGCCUCCUACGAGCGCUGCGGCGGCUUCGAUUUCCCGACCGUAUAAGGACGAUAUGGAUAGACGCAGUAUGCAUCAAUCAAUCCGACAACGUCGAAAAGACCCAACAAGUCAAUCUUAUGCGCCGCAUCUACGCCUCAUGUACCCAGUGUAAUAUCUGGCUGGGAUAUCCACGAGAUGUAGGUGUCUCUGAGGAAGACGCGCAAGCGGCUUUCGACACUAUCGCUUGGAUCAGCGCGGCAGGGGAAGCGAUGGACGCCAGGUUCAGUGGGAUUGAUGUACCUAACCCGGCUCUGCCGGAUUGGUUUCAGGAUGGUGAAGAUGACGGAAAGGAGGGACUGAAUGGCGAGUUGCGACUGAGGGAGACCGAAGCGUUCUACAAGCUCUUUAGAACGCCCUGGUGGUCACGAGUAUGGACCGUGCAAGAGGCGAUCCUCCCUCCUGCCGCGACGGUGUAUUGGGGCGCCUGUGAGAUGUCGUGGCAUCUGUUUGACAUGGCGUCUGAGGCAAUCAUGGGGCCUACUGAUGGAAGGCGAGAUGAGCAUGUUGGCGAUCUAAUGCCAGACGAGUUUGACAGGUUACAGCUGCUAAACUACCUGACUUGUGUUAUGAGGGGUAUCAGUUUCUCGUCUGCUGGUGAAGAGCCUGUAUCCACGCUGUAUCGCUGGCGCGAUAGGAAAUCCACGGACCUGAGGGAUAAGGUGUACGGGUUGAUGGGGUUGAAAGGCCGAGCAGUUGGUGAGGAGGAGGAGGAGGAGGAGGAGGAGGAGGAGGAGGAGGAGGAGGAAGAGGAGCACGACGACGACGACGAUGACGAGGAAAAAGAAGAGGAGGAGGAAGAAGAGGAGGCCGGAGAGGAGGAGGAGGAGGAGGCGGCUUUUCUCCCUGGUAUCCCAUCGUGCGACUACACCUUGGAUGCGCAAACACUCUUCUGUCGUGUCUCAUGGGCCCUUGUCAAGCAAUCCAACAGUCUUGAACCGCUCAUGGGCCGACGGGGAGAAGGGGCCAAGUUGGAGGGCCUCCCGUCGUGGGUGAUAGACUGGUCGCAAGACAGAUGGUCAGAUGGCUUCUUCUACUUCGAUACGGAAGAACACAAGGUACCAGUCCAAGUGCCAGAAGCCGAUUAUUGGGCCCAUAAGUCACUCUACUAUGAAUACUGCGCCGAUGGACCUGUUAUGGUGGGGGGCGGUCCGAGGCUUUUGGACGAAAGUGGACGGGUACUUGGAUUGGACGGGUUCUUGGUUGACAGGAUCGCGGUGGUGGAGCAGCGCGAAGUUCUGGGGAGACAAAGGGUUCCGGACGACCAGGUUCUGGCAGCGAGCGCUGCGCGAUAUGGGGAGCUUAUGGGGCGAUGCCAUGAAUAUUUCUCGUCGGCAAGUGAGGAAUCACGCAGGCGGUGGUUGAGUGGUGGCUGGAUGCAGGAGUAUCUCGGCGUGGUGACGGGCAAACUUGACGCAGCAAACCCAGACCAUUAUCCCUUUGACGGGGACGAGGGCAGCUGGGCGUCCACAUAUCUCCAACACCAUGUUUUGUUCGUCACCGAAGGAGCCAAGGUCGGGUUCGGGCCCGUGACGUGUGAACCUGGCGAUGAAGUCUGGAUUCUCGAAUUGUGCAGACUCCCAGUUGUGCUUAAGCCUUUGAAGUCCGAGGAUCAGCAAGGCGAAGGGGCAAACCGGCACCAUGUUACUUGGGUGGGCGACUGUUGCGUGUACGGUAUCAUGAUGGGAGAGGCUGUCAAGGGGAAAGAGGAUGCUUGGGUUGAGGUUGCCGUGCACUGA